AUGAGGCUCUUUUUCUUCGCUUCGGUUUUGCUGUGCAUUGGUGUGAUUAAAGACAUCACAGGCCCGUAGGUCUCGCACCCGACGCGAGCUGGCCCCAGGACUUCAUACUCUUGGAAUUAGAGAUCCAGGUGGCUCAUAUUGUCAAAAGAGAAAUUCUUGCUGCCCAGGAAGAGAUGAUGCCUGUACAGUGCCCUAUUUGGAUACCAUCUGCUACUGCGAUCUGUUCUGCAAUCGAACAGUGUCUGACUGCUGCCCUGACUUCUGGGGGUUUUGUUUACACAUUAGCCCUCCAGUAAAUAUUCAAAAAGUGUGUGUUAAAAAUAACCAGCAAUAUCCAAGUGGAGCAACAUACCAAGACAACUGUAAUCGAUGCACAUGCACUAAUGAUGGUAACUGGCACUGUGAGCAGAAUGCAUGCCUUAUCAACCCAAGAAUUAUUGAGGCUGUUAAUCGAGGCUCAUAUGGAUGGAAUGCUGGGAACUACAGUCAGUUUUGGGGUAUGACACUAAAUGAAGGUAUCCAGUAUCGAUUAGGAACCACAAAGCCUUCCUCUUCAGUGAUGAACAUGAAUGAGUUGCACGUAAAUAUGGACAACGAUGUUCUUCCAUCCUACUUUAAUGCUGCAGAUAAGUGGCCAGGGAUGAUCCAUGAGCCACUCGAUCAAGGCAACUGUGCUGGUUCCUGGGCUUUCUCCACUGCAGCUGUUGCCUCCGAUAGACUUUCCAUUCAGUCGAUGGGGCACAUGACUCCUGCUCUGUCCCCUCAAAAUCUCAUUUCCUGUGACACCAAAAACCAGCAUGGAUGCAGAGGGGGCCGUGUGGAUGGAGCAUGGUGGUAUCUCAGAAGAAGAGGGGUUGUAACAGAGGAUUGCUACCCAUUUGCUGGUCAAAAUACAAAUGGACAACCCGCAUCAUGUAUGAUGCACAGCCGCUCAAUGGGAAGAGGGAAGAGACAGGCCACUGCUCACUGCCCAAACCCAUAUGCAUCAUCAAAUGAGAUCUACCAGUCUACACCCGCCUACCGCCUGGCAUCCAAUGAGAAAGAAAUAAUGAAAGAAAUAUAUGAGAAUGGUCCAGUACAAGCCAUAAUGGAGGUGCAUGAAGAUUUCUUUGUGUACAAAAGUGGAAUCUAUAGACACACACCUGUAAUGGCAGGAGAACCAGAGCUGUACCGUAGUCAUGGGACGCAUUCUGUAAAGAUCACUGGGUGGGGAGAAGAGUUGGCACCCAACGGACAGUUUCAAAAAUAUUGGCUGGCUGCCAAUUCAUGGGGCAAAGACUGGGGAGAGAGAGGAUAUUUCCGCAUUGCCCGCGGCGAAAACGAGUGUGAAAUUGAAACCUUUGUAGUGUGGUGUGGGGCAGAGUCAGCAUGGAGGAUGUCGCUCGUAGAAAAU